CAGCCUCCACCCCCAAUUGCUAGCAGUUCUCGAUCAAUAGACCAACAACCUGCCCCGGUCAUCCCCAGCCAAAUUCCGGAUAUUCAGCCUCUUGCAAGGAGCCUACCUGCCGACUUCUGAUGAUCAACCCUUCCCUGCUGCCCCAGAGCAGCCGCGUCCACCGACGCGCAAUUCCCAGCGUAUGACGGAACCACAACGUAAUUCGACUUCGGAUACGGAUUCCAUGCGUAGUGGGCGCGCACCUAUGCCAAUGCAUUUGCUCCAACCUCGGAUGCCUCCGCUACCAGAAGUGAAGAUACCAGAGUAUAAGAUUCCCGAGCCAAGACCAUUGCAGUAUAUGAGAAUGCCGGAACCACCGGUGGUCUCGCAGUCUGCCCCUCCUCCUCCAGUCUCCGCCCCUCCUCCCGCUCCAGUGGCCCAGUCAAUACCUCAAGCGCCUCCCAUCGUCGUGCAGCCCAUUGUGGUUCCUUCCAUGAAUAUUCCGCCUGAUGUCCUCAGAGGUGCCUUCCCGUCCACAGCCCCUUCCGACGCUGAACGUCGUGUCUCGACGCCUGACACCACUUCCACAAUGACAGGCAUCUCCAUGGACAACUUGUCUUCAUUCCCAAGACCAGACCGCGAACCGGUCAACCAGUUGCAUGCCAUUCCCGAGGGAAAUAGUGUUCGGUCAGGAUCCAUGACGCCUACUGUGCCAGAAAAUAUUCUUGAUUCUACACCGGGUCAUGCUGUAGAGGAAUGGCGAAGAAGCACAAGUACGGUUCAGCAGGAAUCUCCUCACAUACCUCUAUCCCACGCACAGUCAAAUCGGUCCCUCCACCAGCCGACCAUGCUUCAAACCCCUCAACAGCUUUCUGCAUCAUCUAGCCGUGAGACGCUCUCGCCCAAUGAUGGCCAGUUACGUAGAACGUCCAGUCGCAGUACACAUAGUAUAGAUAUUGAAGUCGAACCUCCAUCUCGCCCUCAAUCUGCUUCGGACCAUCCCAAUGACCGGGGGAAUAUGGAGCUCUUGAGUCCAAACCAUACGCCCACCAUAUUACCACCGGAACCCCCUGAACAUCGUCCUGUGGUACCUACCAUACCAAUGGAUAAUGGACCUGGUACCAGCCAUUCGAAUCCCCCCGGUUUCAUGUCCUAUCCUAGCGUCGUCGUCAGCGGACCCGACGAUUCUCCCGAGACUCCCAAGAUGGUACCCUCCGCUGGUUGGGGAAUGAAUGAUUGGGGAAAACCUCCUAGUGCAGCUGGUUCCCCGUGGGGUGGCUCAACUUCAGCACUUCCGGCUGCUACGACGUCGGCGGAUCCAGACCCUCAGCAAGCUUCAGGAUUUGGCGCGCCUCGAACCCCUCGUGCUGCAUAUGAAAUUGCGUCUACCCCUCCUGGGUUCACAUACCCCCUUCCUCCAGGUCGGACACCCUCAAAUCCCGCCGUCAACUACCCUCUUCCCGCAUCGAGCGGUAAAGGGAGUAGUAGGGCAUCUUCCUCUUCUUCAUCCUCCUCUUCUUCAACGACCUCCUCGAGGUCUGGAAGCCGAUCGCAUAGAAGCCGCCGGAGCGCUGGCAGUACACCUGUACAGAGCUUUGUGCUUCCGCCGGUCAGCCUUGUUGGUGGAGCUGCUAUGUCUCCAGGGGCGAGUCCGCCUGAUCCGACAACGUAUAUGAACACCUUGGCGAAUUCUGCGACGGCUACUCCGCGGAUGGGGAUGGGCAGGAGUAUGGCUUCGCCGCUGGUUGGGGGCCAGUCUCCUUAUAUGGGUUCAGCGUCUCUCUAUCGUUCGUAAUUUAAGGGAUCGAUGUAUGAGUAUAUAUGUUCUUUUAGGGUCAGACCAUGCCAAUAUUUGCUUGAUGGCGCCGCUUACCAUUAUAUCUAUCAAAUCUAGUAACGAAGUGGAUAACUGUGUUGUAUUAAUUGUCUUGCUACUUGUAUUACACCUCUGCGUUGGAAUUAACAAAUGUUAAAAGUCCCGGCCAAUAAAGGGACAUGCGGAGGGUCG